UAUGACUGCAUGACAGUAUUUAAAAAUUCUAACCAUAAAUUUUAACCUUGAAAUGCCAGCAAGACAGUGAAUUAUUGGCUUUAUAAAAAUGUGAAAAUUUUCAGAAUAAUACAAAAUUCAUUAGAUAAGAAGAAAAUUUGAUGUGUUAUUUUAAAAUUUAUGUUAACCAUGUACUGAAUGUUUUCUUUUUGUUGUUAAUUUCAAGGUGGGUCUGGUUCCCUCGCACGUAUAAAUAUCUGUUACAGAUUGUAAAAUGAUAAAGAAAUUUCAGAAGAGAAAGUUACACUCUUUAAGAUACCAAAUGUAACUUUAUACAAAAGGAACAAUUAUCAAAACCGUCGCCUAAUUAAUUCCUACGAAUUAAGCCAAGAUCCUUAUUCCAUUGACGAAAUUAAAAUUCCAAAAUUCAACAAUGACCGAGGAGGGAUAUCUAGACAAUUGCCUAUCGAUUGCCGAGGAUGACGACUACAAAGAGAAGACGAGAUUAGCGGAAGUCACAGCCACCACAUUGUGCAGGCUGAAUGGCAUAAUGAAGCGAAUGCGGGGGUGGCGCGACGACCGUGUCAAGCUUACCUCCAACAUUUGGCGGUUGAAGCUCGCCCUCCACGUAGCUAGCAAAGAAACAAACGAUACCCUGCACGCUGACCCAUUGAUCGAGCAUCAAAGAGCGGAAAUCAAACGGCUCGAGGCUGAUAAUCAAUCUCUAAAGCAGGAAAUCGCCGACAUUAAAUUUUCCACCGUCAACUCGGAUUCUUUUACCAACGAAAAUCAAGAGUACCUAGUCGAACGAGAAUACUUAAACAACGAGAUCCAAUACUUAAAAAGUCGACUGAAAGAGGUCGAAGACGGACACGAACACAAUUCCGAAGUGGAGCAUCUAAAAUGCCAAUUGAAGCAUUUCAUGAUGGUGGAUCAUACCAUGGAAAUAAUAUUCACGGAUAUAGUUAACAAAAUCGCAGAGACUAUCGCUAAUUUAUCCGAGGAAUUAGUGAACUUGAACGAUCAUUUACACAGAUCAAAAUUAAAAAAUGAUCAUUUGUAUGUUAAGAUCGAUCGAUUAAAGGCGAUGUUGCGCUCUAAAAGUGGUAGUAUUUUAGACUAUCAAAAAAGGAUCACAGAAUUGAAUGAUCUGACGGAAUGUAUAAAAAGAGAAUUAGGUAAAUUCAAAGACAGUUCAAGUAUAGAUUCAUUUGGUAAAAUUAAUCUGGAUAAUAUCGAAAGAUUGGCGAUUGGAUUGAAAAAUAAAUUAAGAAACGAUUAUGAAGCUCUGCUAGGUGCAGGUGAUUUGGACUGUCUGAAAUAUAUUCAAAAAAUCAUUGAGCUUAGGAUCAAUUUAAGAGAAUUUCACAUGGAAUUGAAGUCCAAAGAAAAUCUAUCGAACUGCUCGAAAUUCAAUCCGAAACAGUUAUCUAAUAUUGAAUCUAUUUUAAAAGAGAUCAACAUGGAGAUUGGUAAAUUGAAGCAGGAGCACGUGAAGAAAAAUUGUCGAACGGUGGAGUUCGAGGGUGUGCAAUAUUUAAGGAAAAUCGAUGAUCUCCGUGUGAUCAUAGAAAAGGUUAGAAUAACGAUAAGCGAAUUCGAUGGUUCAAACGAGGACGAGGAGAUAGAGAAAUUGGAUGAUUUCGUCGGUCGAGUAUGCAAGGAGAUCAAGGAAUUGGAAGUAAUCGUCGUAUCUAACGAUCGUUCCGUAUUGCUAAAAACGAUAGAACGUUUGGAAAAUUCUCUGGUCGAAUUAAAAGUGAAAUCGAGGGAGAAAGACCAACACCUUGACGCCUUGUCAGCGGAAUUAUUUAACAUGGAAGAAUUGCUUAAGGAGGAGGAGCGAGAGGUCGAUUUGUUAACAGAAAAAAAUAAAGCUUUGGAAGAGAAAGCAUUUGAUGUUCAACGCGAACAGGAGUGCACCAGGAUGGAGCUGGAACAACUGCAACAGGUGAAUCAGGACAUAAAUGUAACAAGAAAGAAGUUGCAAAACGUAGCUGCUGAAAAUGAGAUUUUGCACGAUACUCUGGAGAAAAGGAACCAAGAGAUGAACGUCAUCGUUGUUGAAAAAGUUUCUCUGGAAAGGGAAUUGAAGACAAAGAUUGCUGAACUAACGAGGAUCCACGAGGAGAACGAAAGGUUGCAAAACAGAGUGAAGGAAUUCGAGGAGUCUAAUAAUUUUACAAACUUCACCAGAGCUGGUGAAUCAUCGAGGUCCAAGGAAGCUCUGGAUAUCGCAAAUCGUGAAAUAUUUCAUUUACAAAUUCAAUUGGAGGGAUUGUUCGGUGAAAAAUCUAAAUUGGAAACAAAUAUCUGUCAAUUGGAAUCGAAGAACGAGAUAUUAGUGUACGAACUUGGGGUCGAGAAGAGCAUCGGUGAAGAAAGGCUGAUCGAAUUGACGAAAUUAAAAUCUGACUAUAAUAAAUUGGACAUCGAACGAAUGCAUUUGAAAAAUGAAAAAGAACGAUUGAACACCGAACUGAUAAAUUUGACUGAUAGAAAGGAGCAAUUGGAUGAGAAAUGUUUGAAACUCGAGGACGAUAUCGAUAAAUAUAGAUCCGAGUGCGGUGUUCUACGGGAGGAGGGUAGGAACUUUGGAAUAGUUAAAGAAAAUCUGUCGGCCAAGUUUGCGGAGGCUGAGGAUAAAAUAAGACGUUUGGAAUUCGAAAAUUCCAAGCUCGGGGACGGUUCGAACGACUUAAGUUUGAAGAAUAUCAGCCUCGAGGAACGUGUGCGAGUGCUCCUGACGGAAAAGAAUGACCUCGUGACGCGUAUUAAUGAACUGGAUGGAAAGAACGUCGCGUUGAAAGAUCAGUUGAAUAAAGUUAAAACGGAGAACGAAUAUUCCUCCGUCGAAUUGAAUAAAUUGAGAACGGAGUGUGACAGAGCGAGAUCGGCCAACGCCUCGCUUCAAAAUACGCUCGACGAUUCGGCUCGGAACAACCAAGCGCUGAAGAAAAUCAACGACGAGUUGAAAAUAAAAUUGAACGAGAUCUUCAGCGAGUGCAGGAUACUCGAGAAUCAGCUGAGGAUAUUAGAGAUCGAAAGUUCAGCGUUGAAGAACGAAAAGGACGCAUUGCAGCAACGCGUGAACAAUCUUCAGUUGAAAAUUUCGAAAAUGAGAAACAACGGCUCGAAAGAACGGAAAUUAAUCAAAAAGAUUGAUAAUGAGACUAAUAAGAUUAAUAAGAAAUCCGACAAACGGGUAUAUUCUAAAAUAAAAUUGAAAGAAGAGAAGAAGCUGCUGACGGUAGAGAACGAAACGCUGAAAUUUGAAGUAUUCAAUUUGAAAGAGCAAAAUUUUCAUAUUAAGAUGGAAAUGACUCGUUUGAAAGACGAAUUAAAGAAACAGAAAAUUCUAAUUGGUACGAAUGAAUCCGAACAGUCGAAUAAAUUGGAAAUUGUUAAUCUUUAUUAUAAAGAGAUCAACAGUUAUUCGAGCCGUAAUAUCGAAAAUAUUGGCACGCUCGCGUGUAUAAAUCAGUCGGACAUAUGUCCUUUGGAUAUUCAAUCCGAAACAGAGAUCGAAAGAUUGCUGGAAGUCAUAAAUAAAUUGAAGAUCGAGAACUGUGCACUGAAGAUGGAGGUAAACACUUUGAGAUGUAACUUCCUGGUAAACGCGACGGAGGACGAAAAACGUUGGAGCGAAGUUCGAAAUACACGGGAAGAAAUUCGAGCUUUGAAGGUGGAAUUGACGAAACUGAGGGAGGAGAAGGAGUCGUUACAGAAUCGACUCGAUACAGUUCGAACGAAAUUGGAUCAGUCGGAAUCUGAGAAGGCCGCUUUGAAGAACGAGCUUUAUGCCUUAAGGAAAAGGAAUUCCGAGCUUAUACGCAGAGCGAACGAAUUACAGGGCGAUUAUCAGAAGGUGAAGAGAAUUAGCGAAGGAUUUGACAGCUACGUAAUGGGUGCCAUUGAAAAGAUUAAAAAAUAUACCGGCAGAGCUGGUAAAUUCGAAAAGAUAGACGAAGAACUGAAGAUUUUCUUGGAGAAGUAUGUUUUAAAUGAACAAUUUUUACAUUUGAUACACGAAUGGGAAGUGAACGCGGAAGAUACUUGUGUAAAUGCGGAUGAAAUAUUGAAGCCUGAUCCUCUGCUAGUGCAUUCCCGUGAAGAAAUCGAAAGGUUACAAAAUGCUAAUGCCGUGCUUGACGAUAAAGUCAGAGAUCUAGAGGAGACUCUCGCUGAGCGAGAUUGCUGCGACGAUCCUUACGCGUCGGUUCACUGCCUCAGAGAGAAGAUGAGAUAUUUGAGGGAACGUUUCGCUCUCGAGAAAAAAGAACUCAGAAACAUGAUAUCGUAUUUGAGAUUAAAACUGGCGGAAACCGAGGAGGACGUCAGCUGUCCCGCCAUAUAUCGUCUGAGAGCGAAACUUCGUGAAUUAAUGAAAGGCGGUCAAUCGAGGGAGUGCGAUGAUCUACAAGCUGAGAACGAUCGUCUUCUAGCUGAAAUAGCUGAGUUACGACACCAGUUGUCUGGCAUGGAGGAAAAGGAAUUAACUGGGAGGAUGUUGCAACCGAAAUCGGUCGAAACAACCACCGUUCCAGAAUACAUUGACGUAUCUGAGUUGCUGCAGAAGCUUAAAGAUUGCGAAGGGACUGUGUCUGAUUUGAGAGAGCAAUUAGCAGAAAAGGACAAUCUCGUUAAUUCCCUGAAAGAAGGGAUGAGUGAUCAGAAAGAAUUAUUGGAUGAAAUUGCAGCAUUGAAAGCGGAACUUCAAAAGAAAGACGACAAGAUCAGGGAACUAUUAGACGAGCUAAGGCAAUCAGAAAUAAACUUAGAAGGUUUGAACAACUUGAAAUCACAAUUAGAAGAUCUUAAGCCAAAAUUAUAUGAUUUAGAAUUAGAAAGAAAUCAGUUAUUAGAAGAGCUUGCCAAACUACAAAACGAACUUGCUCGUUGUAAUGCUAUGAAAGAAGAUCUAGAAUCAAAAAUAGAAUCGUUAAAGAAUGACAAAGAAAAAUUAUUAAAAGAUCUAGAUGAUUCUAGAGAUCAAAUUUCAGCCCUGUCUAAACAGUUGGACGACGAAAGAUCAGCCAGAAGUGCUCUUGAAAAUAACCUUAACAAUUGUCAGGAUGAAAUGAAGAAAUUGCAAGACGAAAAUUCGAACCUGAAGAAUCGAUUAGACAUCGCUGAGAAAGAUUUAGAAGCCUCGAAGAAGCUCGCCGAAGAGAUGGAAAUGUUGAAGACGGAGCUGGAGAAGAUGAAGAAGAUGAACGAGGAGUUGGCAAAUUUGAACGACACCUUGAAGAACGACUACCAGAGCAUGAAGCAAGCGUUAGGCAACCUGGAAGCAGAAAUUAACAGACUGGAGGAGCAAUUGAAUAAAACAGCCGAAGAACGGGACGCGUUGUUGAAGGAGAACGAGGACGCGAAGAGGCGGCUCGAAGAAGCGAUCGCGAAGAACGAGAGUCUGAAAUCCGAACUGGAUAAUGUCACCGAACAACUCGGCAAAUUGAAAUUAGAGAAGGAUAAACUGGAAGAGAUUCUCAACGAUACGAGGCUGAAGAACGACGCCCUGAAACGUGAUAUCCAGGCUUUGGAAAAUGACCUUGAACGUGCAAAACAGGAGAUGGAGGAUCUGAAAAGAUCCGAGGAGGCGUUGAAAGCUGCGGACAAGAGCAAAGAUUCGGAACUACGGAAAUUCGAGGAGGAUUUGAAAAAUGCGAGAACUGAAAGGGAUCGUUUGAUGAACGAAAAUGGCGAUUUGAAGGACAGGAACGCUGAACUGGAAGGAAAACUCAAGGACGUCGUGGACCAGCUGGAACAAAUGAAAUCGCGGAAUACCGAUUUACUGGCUGAGAUCGAUCGGCUGAAAAAGGAGCUCGAGAAAUCUGGCCAGGAAAUCGAUCAAUUGAAGUCUGAAAUUGCUUCGCUGAAGAACGCCAUCGAUAAAUGUACGGACGAGUUGGACAAACUGCAAACAGAAAAUAGGGAUCUUAAAUCAGAGAAUCAGGCUAUUAAAAAUGAAAUCGAGAAGUGCAGAAGUGAAAGAGAUAAUCUGAAGAAUGAGCUCGCAGAGGCAAAAGCACAAUUAAGAGACGUCAGUGAUGAAUUGCAGAAAUUGAAAACUAGAAACGAUUCGUUGGAGGAAAGUUUGAAAAAAUUGACCGAUGAAAAUGACAAUUUGAAAUCAGAGGUUGGAGCAUUAAGGGACGAGGCGGAGAAGCUGAAGAAAGCAGCCGAGGAACUGCAAGCGGCGGCUACCAGAGGGAAAGAUGAAGAAGAUCGGUUGAAAAGCGAAAUUGAUGGGAUUAAGCGUGAAAGAGACGAUUUCCUGGAAAAAUUAAACGAACUGAAGAACGAGUAUUCUGCUUUACAAAACGAGGCGAACGAGUUGAAGAAACAAUUGAACGAUUGCAGGGCGGAAAAUGAAAAAUUGAAAGCGGAGAAAGAUCAGUUAAAAGCGGAGAAAGAUCAGUUAAAAGCGGAGAAAGAUCAGUUAAAAGCUGAAAACGAUAGUUUGAAAGCUGAGUUGAAUUCGUGUAAAAAGGAAAAUGAAGAACAGAAGACUGAAAAUGAGAAAUUGCAAAAACAAAUUCAAUCGUUAAACGACGAAUUAAAUAAAUUAAAGAGUCAAUUGGAAAAUGCAGAAAAUACGAUUAAGGAUCUUCAGCCUCUGGUUGAUCGUUUGCAAAACGAAAAUGAUCGUUUGAAAAAUGAUUUAAGAAUGUUAGAGAAUGAAGCAGCAGAUUUGAAGGCAAAAUUGCUAAAUGAAAUGAAUGACAAUCAAAAAAUGCGAAACGAUUUGAUGAUCCUGGAAAAUCAAGUAAAUGAUUUGAAUGAGAAACUGAAGGGAAUUAUAGGGGAAAAGGAAAAAUUGGAGCAAGAAAAUCAAAUGCUAAAGACAAGCUUGUUAGAGGCGGAUAAUGAAUUGUCUCAGGCGAAAGGGGAUAGUCAGGACUUGAAAUUCGAAAUUGAUAAUUUAAAGAAUAAGAUUUCUGAAUUAGAGGCGAAAAUUGCUAAAUCAGAGGCGGAUGUUGAACAUUGGAAAUUAGAGAAUUGUAAGCUUCAAAUGGAAAUCGAUAAAUUGAAAGCUGAACUUGAAAAGGCGUUGAAGGAUUUGAAUGAGUUACAGGCUCAAAAAAAAGCACAAGAAGAAGAGUUAGCCCACCUUCGAACUGUAAACGCUGCUCUAGAUAAACAGAUCUCUGAUCUAAAUUCACAACUGGAUCAGCAAAGAAGUGCCUUUGAAUCAGAAAAAUCAGCCAAGGAGAAAAAUGACUUGGAAAUGAAAGCUCUGAAAGAGGAAUUAGGAAGCUUGAAAAACGAAUUAGAAAAACUUAGAAUGGACAAUAACAAUUGCAACAACGAAAUAGAAAAUUUACGAAAACAACUUUCAGCGUUGCAAAACGAAUUAAAUUCUUGCAGAGAAGAAAUGUCUGCGUUAAGAGCCACCAAUGAUGCACUGAAGACUGAAUUAAACGGAUUGAAAGCUGAGAAACAUAAUCUACAAGACGAAUACGAUAAAUUGAAAGCCAAGGCGGAUAAUUUAGAAAACGAAAUAGCGGAUCUUCGAGAAGGAAGAAAGAAACUCGAAGAAGAAUACAGCAAACUUAGAGGAGAGGGUGAUGGACAGAAGGUUGAAAUUGAUAAACUCAAGUCAGACUUGGCAGCCGCAGAGAAGGUGAGGAUGGAUUUAAAAAAUUGUCAAGAAGAAAAUGAAAAAUUACAAGCGCAAGUGAAGGAUUUGGAAAGAUGUAGAAACGAAGUUGAUAGACUGAAUGCUGAAUUGGAUGAUCUGAAGAAGGCACUCGCAGCUGCCGAGGCUAAAGUGAAAUCCUUGGACGAUCAACUCUCGUCUCUUCGGAAUGAAAGAGAGGAAUUGAUCAAUGAACUUAAUCAUCAUCGAGACAAUCUUAACAAUCUUAAAAAUGAAAUGGAUAAACAGAAAGCUGAGAGGGAUUUGGCUGCGAGGGAGUUGGCGGACCUGGAAGAGGAACUGGAUGCCCUCAAAGCUACGUUAGAUAAGAUUCGCGGUGAGAAAGAAUCAUUGCUGAAGGAUAAUGAGAAAUUGAACGAAGAAUUAAAAACAGUGAAAAAUGAUAAUGAAAAGUUGAAAAAUGAUAUUGAAAAGUUGAAAAAUGAAAUGGAAGAAUUGAAGUCAGAAUUGAAGUCAAAAUUGAAAGAGGCAGAGGAUCGGUUAAAUGAUCUAGAGAAUGAGAACAAGAACUUGAAGAAUACAUUAGCUGAAGUUCAAGCUGCACUAAAAGAGCUCGAAGCUGUGAAAAAACAAUUAGAAGAUGAAUUGGAUAAACUGAGAGCAGAGCUCGAUAAAUUGAAGUCUGCAAACGAAAGACUGAAGGACGAGCUAACAGAAGAGCAGAACAAAUCGAAUAGAUUGAAGGAUGAUUUGGAGAAACUGAAAACGGACAAUGAUAAAUUGAAGAAUGAUUAUCAAAACUUGAAGGAUGAUUUAAGUAAAUUGAAAAAAGAAAAGGAGGAAUUGGAAAAAUCUGAUGCGGCAGCGAAGAGUGGUAUAGACAGGAUGAAAAAGGAAAAUGAGGAACUGAAAGCUGAAAAUGUGAAAUUGGCUAAAGAAUUGAAUACUUGCCGAGAGGAAAAUGAAAAAUUACGCAGGGAAUUGAAAAACUUGAAGGAUGAUUUGAUGAAACUAAAAACGGACAAUGAUAAACUGAAGAAUGAUUAUCAAAACUUGAAGGGUGAUUUAGGUAAAUUGAAAAAGGAAAAGGAGGAAUUGGAAAAAUCUGAUGCAGCAGCGAAGAGUGGUAUAGACAGGAUGAAAAAGGAAAAUGAGGAACUGAGAGCUGAGAAUGUGAAAUUAGCUAACCAAUUGAAUACUUGCCAAGAGGAAAAUGAAAAAUUACGUAGGGAAUUGGAAAACUUGAAGGUGGUGAAUGAUGCAUUAAAGAAAGCAGCAGUGAAACACGUGGAACCAAAAGAAACGGAAAUGGACAAAGAUAUUGUGGAUGACUGUGGGGACUUUAUUAAGGCAAACGAUUUAUUAAACGAAAAAUUUCAAAAGCAAAACGAAGGUGUACAACGUGUUCGAGACUACAUCAUGUAUUUAGAAGGUAAAGUUGAAGAGGAGCCAAAAAUGGCUGAUCAAUUAGAAGAACCUGAAAUCGAUCCACAAAGAAGGGAAGAUAUUGCAGAUGUGUUAAACAAGUCUAAAUUGUUGUCUGAAAAUAUCAAUCACACUGAAAAGGAAAUACAACAGAUUGGUGAUUUGCUGAAAGAACUCAAAGAGCUUGCUGAUAAACCAUCCGGAUUCGAUCCUGAUUCUUGGCUAAAUUCGUUAACAUUGACACAGUUAGCAGAUCUUCACGACAAGAUCUGCCUGUUGACAUCGGAUAUGGUGCAGCAUGAUAACGGAGCAGUAACAUGUGAACCGGCAACACCGACAGCACUAACAGUACCUUGCCCUGGAAUAAAUCCAUUAAGAGCAAAUUAUAAUACUUUGAACCAGAGAAUAGCUGCUUUGCAAAAGCAGAUCGCAGAUAAACAAAUAGAGGCAGGUUGGAAGCUGCAAGAGUUGAGACGAGCUCUACGACAGGAACAGGCUAAUCUACUUCGAAUCUCCGACGAAAUGAAUUUAGCGAGAAGACGAAAUUUAGCUCUUCAGUUCAACAUGGACGAUCAACAUCUGAUACGAUCAGAGAUGUUACGUUACCAAAUGGAAUAUGGGAUACUAAUGCGGAUGGCAGUAGCAAGGUUUAAUACUACUUGUGCAGGUGACAGAAAGAAAAAUCUUGAUACACCUGUCAAAAUGUUCCUCUUACUUGCAUUCUGUGUAUUACCAUGGGAUAUUGUACAAGCAAAUCUCGACAUAAUAUUUGAUGACGCCGAAUGUCCAAUCACUAAUGACGAGUACAUAAAACACGACUCGUGUCAACUUGAAGUGAAUGACGAUAGCGAAUAUGGGACCAGUUUAUCCACACAUUUUGAAAUCAUCAAAGACUUUCCCGAUGAUGUCAAAGCUGCGGCCAAAGUGUAUGGAAUUCACAUGGGCGAGUACACGAAUGAUAUUGGACUUCACAUAGAAACGAACUUUUGCGAAGUGGCAAAAGGACCUCACACUAUAGCAGCCCCGAUGAUAAAAGCGGUCGGCAUGACUUCUGAUAACUGUCCUCCAAAAACGGGAGUCUAUGGAACAGAAAACUUUGUACUUAAUAACGAAGACGGUUUGCCAGAGACAUUUCCUAUUGGAAAAUAUUUAAUAAAUAUUACGCUCCUGAACGACGCAGGUAUACUUGCCAAUUUUGACAUUUAUAUAACAGUAGUGUAAAUAAUUUUGUAAUGAUGCACUAAUCUAAAAUUUCUAUUAAUUACUCACAUAUAUACGUUUACCGAAAAUCUUUAAACUAAAAAAUAAUUUGCAAGAUAUUAAAUCGUUGUAAUUUUCUUUUUCCAAAAAUUGUUCCUAUUUUUGUUUUGUUAAUACGGUGUACAAAAGCAUAACUAAAAAAGGAAUUACCGCAAUCAUUUCCUUGAUGGUGAAAAUAUUUAAAGUAAAAAGAGAUUGUUAUACAAAAUUUACAGGAUGCGUGUGUAGGUUUUAUCCGAAUUAAAAAUUUAUUUCGUGCAAUUAGAGAUGAUUCGAUAAAAUAUUAUUUAUAGAUAUAGCAGACGUAAUCUCUACCAAAGUGGUCCGGUUCGCGCGUUAUAAAUGAUACUUUAUUACAACAGUGCGCAAUUGGACGAAGUAAAUUCGGUAAAAUAUUUUCUACUUGUUAUACGAAACAGUAUUUUAUCGAAAUGGGGGUACUAGCGUUGAAAAUAAUCUUCCUUUCGCGGUCAUGCCUCUUUAUAAGUAUCAAAUGUAUGCAAAUAAAAUCUUUUAUGAUCCUUUAGUACCCUUCAUUAAAAUGGCAAUAAAAAGUUCACGUGUGUAGCGCGCGCGUAAAAACGAAACAUAAUUAAGUCAAUUAACUAUGCAAUAAAGAAUCAUAAAAUCGAUACUUUUCUUUAAAAAUCAUCCAAUUCACUUUUUGUUGAGGCAUUCGUUUCUAAAAGCACCGAAUUAAUUUUACGUGGUAAAUUUUUCAAUAAAAAUCUAUCGAUUUGUUUUUCAAUGCAGUAUUUUAGGAGGUGUCGAAAAAUAUUCAAUCCGUGUAAAAAAUGUUUUCAAAUUAAAUUCCUACCAGUGGGGUUAAUAAAUUUUAACUGGUUAAAAAAUGCAUCGAAUCUACUUUCACCUAGAGUUCCCUGUGAAAGAAAAAACAAAAAGUUAUUUUAUGCAUGAAGUGUAUCACCGAAGUUUAUUGCCAAUUCCAUCUCGUUCGCGCCUUUUCCCGGGAAAAGCGUUCGCGAAUUUUCAUUUGAAAAUUUCACGGGUGUGUUUUUUGUUCGAAGGCCGACCGGCAAUGGGAACGAAUUAAAUGACAAUGCAUAUUAAUUAACUGUUUGAAAAGGGAGCUACGUUAACGAUUCGCAGUAAAGUCAGCCAUGCCGGGUGGCGAACAAGGGGCAAUUAGAGAAAAUCAAUGUUGCA